ACAGCUCUUUUUGUUUUUUUAGUUCUUGCGUUUUCUUUUUCUUCCCCUUUUCCAACGCCAAAUUACCAAAAUCGCAGAAAGCAAUAAGAAAAAGGGUUUGGGGUUUCAAGUUUCGAGGUGACGGGUUUAGUAUAGUUGAGAGUUGCAGAAAUAUAUGGGGGAUCCUUAUUACAGAUACCCUCUUGCUGCAGGAGCAGAUAGAGGUAGUAUUCCAAGACCCAGCUUUCCUGGCUACUUCUCAACUGAAGCAGUCCCGUUGCCAUCUCAUCAUGUUGAUAUGAAGGCUGCCUCUUCUGGUGUUCUAAAGGGAGAUAUGAGUCAAAUGCAGCCGGGAAUGUAUGGUGUGAACAAUAUUCCAAAUUCUGGAGUUUAUCCUGAGACCAAUCUUGGUGGCUCAUCAGCUGGAGCAACUGCAUGGGCUUAUCCAUCUUUUGGAGAUCCAAGUUUAGGUGCCCAAAGGUGGAAUGCUCCCUUAGGUAAUAGUUCAGGUGCGGGAGUUUAUCCCGAUCCUAGUUUUGGUGGUGUAUCAGCUGGACCGUCCAUUAGGGAAGUUCCAAAUUUAGUUGGUCAUCGAUGGGAUGCUCCUGGUAUUAGUUCAAGUGCUGGAGUUCAUCCUGAGCCCAGUCUUGGUGCUGUAUCAGCUGCAGCUUCCAUUCGUGGUUAUUCAUCUCCACUAGAUAUUCCAAGUUUUUGUGGCCAAAGGCAGGAUGUUCCUGUAGGCAUUAGUUCUAGUUCUGGACUUCAUCCUGAACCCAGCCUUGGUGCGGUAUCAGCUGGAGCUAGCAUAAAGGGUUAUCCAUCUCCUCGACGAGAUUCACCCUUAGUUGACCAAAGAAAGGAUGGUCCAUUGGGCACGAAACCUGGUAUUCCUGAUGCUUUAGAUGAAAAGACUGCCUCUGCCAGAAAUGGUGAUUGUCACGUAGGCACUGCUGGAGAAUCAAACAUUUUGUUCGUGGAUUGUCUUCCUACAAAUUGUACCAGGAGAGAAGUUGGACAUCUUUUCCGUCCAUUUACCGGCUACAAAGAUAUCAAAGUUAUUCACAAGGAACCAAGACGUAGUGGAGAUAGAACCAUGGUUUUGUGCUUUGUAGAGUUCGACGACUCAAAAUGUGCAAUGAUAGCCAUGAGAGCUCUUCAAGGUUACAAAUUUGACGACAAGAAGCCUGACUCUCUGGCCUUGCGAAUCCAGUUUGCACAUUUCCCUUUCCAGCUUCAAACGGAUCGAAAGGAUCACCUUCGAACUGAUUGAAAUGAUCAAUUGCGUGAGACAUAAAUCGUGGUUGUGUAGAUUUCAAUUGCAUUGUAUUUGUCAUGGUAGAGGACAAAUGGAUGCACUCAUGGUCAACUGUGGCAAAUGUCUAUGGUGAACAUCCACUGUGGUGCGUUGUGAUUUCAUAUGAGACCUCGGAUGCCUUUUGAUAUUGGACGUGUUGAUGUAUCCAAUUUCAAUCAUGUCACAGUUUUUGUGAUUUUGCCUAGACAGACCAAAUGAGUUCCUAUUUUCUAUUGUUUUGCAUGUAAAAAUGGCCAUCACAUUGAUUUUCACCACUUUCUUAGAAUUUAUAUUCGAUUUUCUCUUUAAAA